UAAACUAUUAGUGGGGAAGGAGAUUCGUGCGGAAAGAGAACGUUUUCAAGUAUGAGCCUCUGGGUCUCUGCAUGUGCCUUGUGGUUCCAUAGUUCUGCAUGGAAGGCGCCUCGGGGUGGCCAUCUUAUUGGGAGCACAUUCCGAUAGCUCUUUCCUGGAUACUGAGACAAUACUGAGAGUAUGAUGGAACAAAGAAGGAGAGCAUGAUGGAAACUGGGCGCUCAGACACCCUAAGUACCCCACUUGUUGUCACCACUGAGUACCAGGCCAGAUGUCAUAAGGAUUCUCUGUGGAGAUGGCACGUGGGGGUUUGUGGGGUUCAGGGUCGGUAGCAUGAUGAUGGCAAGAUAAUUAAACCCCUGACCUUGGGAUCUGUGGAGGCCAAAGGGCUCCCUAGGUGAAGAUUUUCCUGUGCUGGUAGAGAGCCUCCUCGGGGUUUCUGCCAAAUGAGCAGAGAUGGGCCUCGGGGGAUGGGAGAGGGAGGAGGGAGCCAUGGGCCCCUGCACCCGCUCUGAAGCCUGUGCCAUCCCAGCAGGACCUGCCGGCCAUGGAGAAGGGAAACCACACCAGCGCCUCGGAGUUCAUCCUCCUGGGGCUCUCCAGCCGGCCCGAGCGGCAGCAGCUCAUCUCUGGGCUCUUCCUCGUCCUGUACCUGGUCGGGGCGGCAGGGAACCUGCUCAUCAUCCUGGCCGUUGCCUCCAGCUCCCCCCUGCACACACCCAUGUGCCUCUUCCUCAGCCACCUCUCCCUGGUGGAUUUCGGCUUCCUCUCCGCCACAGUCCCCAAGAUGCUUGUGAACGUCUGGACGCAGACCCAGUCCAUUCCCUACGGCGGCUGCCUGGCCCAGAUCUACUUCUGCAUCUUGCUUGCCAACAUGGACAACUUCCUCCUGGCGGCCAUGGCUUACGACCGCUACGUGGCCAUCUGCCACCCCCUGCACUAUGCCACGAUGCUGAGCCCGCGCGUCUGUGCCCUGCUGCUGGGGAGCUCCUGGCUGCUGGCCAGCCUCCACUCCCUGCUGCACACCCUCCUCAUGGCCCGGCUGGAGUUCUGCGCCGGCACCGCCGUCCCUUACUUCUUUUGUGACCUCCUUCCCCUGCUCCGGCUCUCCUGCUCCAGCACUCGACUCAACCAACUCAUGAUUCUGCUGGUGGGGGGCCUGAUCGUCCUCGGCCCCUUCCUCGGCGUUCUCGUCUCCUACGUCCACAUCGUGUCUGCUGUGCUCAAGGUGCCAUCCGCCCGGGGCAGGCGGAAGGCCUUUUCCACCUGUGGCUCCCACCUCACUGCCGUCAUCCUCUUUUACGGGACCAUCGCGGGGGUCUACCUGAGUCCCUCAUCCUCCCGCUCAGGCAGGGCUUCGCUGGCCUCUGUGAUGUAUAUGGUGGUCACGCCCGCACUGAACCCCUUUAUCUACUGCCUGAGGAACGAGGACAUGCAGGGAGCCCUGCGGAAACUGGUCAGCGGGAAGGCUUCAUCCCACCGGCUGUGACAGCGGAGCUCCCCCCCAAGCGGCUCUGUGUCAGGCAGGGCACGAAUCCCAGCGACAGGCUCCAGAGGCAGAGGGUGGGAGGGACAGAGACCUCACUGUCCGGGGUGGUCGCCAAGGCCAGGGAAUCCUCGCCUUGCUCCGGACGCAACCUGCAAGUCGGAACCUUCCUGGCCCCCCCAGGCUGCCACGCACCCCUAGCGGAAUGAGCGCUCCCCUAAAGACAGACCCACGUAAACACAAGGCAGUCAGCUUCAGCCGCAGGCCUUCCGGAGCGCGGUCAUGUGAAAAGGUGAACUCGGGGCGCUGCGACCUGUGCUGACAGCCUGUGCCAAAGAGAUGCCCCCACGGUCCCCCUCACAUGCUGAACCCUCGGGCAUCCCAGUUUCCAAACACCUCCGCUGCACCCCCACCUCCUCAGCUGCCACCCCCACAUUCUGGGUUGCACCUGGCCCUGGAGACAGGUGUCACAGCCCUCCCGGAAGCUGCCCCCAGCGCUAGCACCUGGUUUAAAAUAAUGACUCAGCGAGAACAUCACCACAGAUAAUGAUGCCGAUGGGAUGCCGUCAGCAAACAUGAAGAAAGAACACUUGACAGCCUUUCUCCCCCCGACUUUGCCUUAACCUCCAGCGCUUGGGCUGGAGUUAUCUGGAGGGAUUCCUCACUCACACGUCUUGCCAGCUGAUUCUGGCUGUCAGCAGGGACCACAGCUAAGGGCUGUUGCUAGAAUACCUUCAGGUGUGGCCUGUCAGUGUGGCGGGGGCUUCCUCGCAGCAUGCCGGCUCUGUGCCAAGGGCAGGCAUCCCCAGGACAGCCUUUCAUAACCUCACGACUAACACAGCAUCCCGGCCUUCAUGGUUUUUUUGUUAGAAGUGAGUCGCUACGGCCAGACGAUAUUCAAGGGGAGAGGAAUUUGACUCUCUUUUGAUGGGAAAAACGUCAGAGAAUCCGCAGACAUGUUCUGGAACCAUCACAGAUAAUUAGGGAAGGUCUCUCAAGACAGAAACUCACUUGGAGAGAGAGAGAAGGUAUGUGAAGAUUUUAAGAAAGUAGGUUCUAGGCAAAGGGAACAACAAGAGCACAGCCCCAGAGUGGGGGCAUUCUUGGCAGGUGGGCCAACGUGCUCCAGAAAGAACUAGCCCUCCAGCUAAGUGAGGGCUUUUGCUUUUACUCUGAGAGGGGAAGCCUUUGGAAAAGUUCUGAACAGAAAAGUGAAAUCAUCUUAUUUAUAUUUUUUAAAGAUUACCUGAUUCUUAUAGGGUGAAUAAACUAUA